GAAACAGUAGUGAUAACAUUCAGUGUUAUUCAUAAUAAAAUUCCAGAAUGUAUUAGGUAUAGAAAAAUUGUGCCUUAACAUAAUAAAGUCUGUAUAUGACAGACAUUUAGGCAACAUCCUACUGAAUGAGGAAAACUGAAAACAUAUUCUCCCAGGUAAGAAUCGAAAUAUCCUACUGUUGUGGUUAGUAUAGUUCUUAAUGUGUCUUGAAAUUUGUAUUGCCACAGUUUUUAUUUAGUAUAAUAUUAGAAAUUUUAACUAGAGCAAAUUUUAACUAGAACAGUUUGGCAAGAGAAAGAAAGAAAAGUCAAAUUAUCACUCUUUAAAAAUGAUGUAAUUCUGCAAGUGGUGAAGGAACAGAGGCAUAGCUCUACACUGUUCCUCUUAGCAGCAUGAGGAGGUCUCCUAGUCCUUUAAGGACCUUUACUCAAGACAAACUGAUUCCUGGCUUUGAUGCAGUAAAUAAGAAUUAAGUAUUAUGAAACAGGUGUGUAUUUUUAUUACCAAAUGUAGUUUAAUCUAGUCUUUAUGUAUGAGACAGACAAACUGAAGUGUGACUAUGAACUUCCUAAGGAAAAAUUAUAAUUAAUUUUAUUAAUAUCAGGCAUAUGUAAUAUUCAAAGAGGAAACAAUGCAAAUAUCCAUCAAUGAUAAGUAAGCAAAAUGGAAUGCAUCCAUACAAGGCUAAUUGAUAGUGUCUGAGGUCUCUGCAGAGAGGGAAAUGGAAGAUAACUCCUAAAAAUGAUGGGAUUUCUUUUAGAAUGAUGAUGAAAUGUUAUAAAAUGGAUAGGUUUGGUAUUUAGUCAACUAUUAAUAUGCUAAAAAGUACUUAUAUACUGUAAAGGAGUUAAUUUUUGGUGUAUGAGUUACACACAUACCUACCCACAUCAGCCAGCCAUUCUACUGUUAGAAACUUAUGCAAGAGAAAAGAAAAUGACCCUCGAUCUGUGGGUCUGCGGCUUCCGUAUCUGUAGAUUUAUCCAAUAGCAGACCAGAAAUGUUUGGGAAAAGCCAGGUGUGGUGGUGUACAUCUCUAGUCUCAACACUUGGGGGACUAAGUGGCAAGACCAUGGUAUUAGAAGCCCAACUGAACAACAUGGUGAGGUCCAGGUACAGCUGGACUAUGGUUGAAACACCUACCUCAAAAAAAAAAAAAAUGGGUAGGUAGAUAAAAGGGUUCCUGUACUAACAUAUACAGAGGGUAUUUUCCAAUGUACUAUUGUAUAUUUCAUACAAAUAUUUGCUUAUGCAUGUAUAUAGCCACAUGUUUAUAAAAGCCAAAAACUAGAAUUAAACCAAAUGACCUGCUGUUCAGCAACAAAAAGAAAUGCAUAUCAGAUCCAGGGAUAUUAAGCUUUUGAAAUCAGAAGUGUUUUAGAUUUCAGAUUUUGGAAUAUUUUCCUAUAUUGUAAAGUAUCUUGUGGAUAUGACCCAUCUAAGCAUGCAAUUUAUUAUUGUUUCUUACAUGCCUUAUGCCCAUGGUCUGAAGUCCUACACACCUCCAAGCAAUGAGUUCAAGAUCAGCAUGAAACUAGAAGCCCAGGACCCCAGGAACACGACAUCCACCUGCAUUGCCACAGUAGUUGGACUGACAGGUGCCCGACUGCGCCUGCGCCUUGAUGGCAGUGACAACAAGAAUGACUUCUGGAGACUGGUUGACUCCUCUGAGAUACAGCCAGUUGGAAACUGUGAGAAGAAUGGUGGCAUGCUGCAGCCCCCACUAGGAUUUCGGCUGAAUGCCUCCUCUUGGCCCAUGUUCCUUUUGAAGACACUAAAUGGAGCAGAGAUGGCUCCCAUCAAGAUUUUCCAUAAGGAGCCACCAUCACCUUCCCACAACUUCUUCAAAAUGGGAAUGAAGUUAGAAGCUGUAGACAGAAAGAACCCCCAUUUCAUUUGCCCAGCCACUAUUGGAGAAGUUCGAGGCUCAGAGGUGCUUGUCACUUUUGAUGGGUGGCGAGGUGCAUUUGAUUACUGGUGCCGCUUUGACUCCCGGGACAUCUUUCCUGUGGGCUGGUGUUCUUUGACUGGAGAUAAUCUGCAGCCACCUGGCACCAAAGUUGUGAUUCCAAAGAAUCCUUCCCCUGCAUCUGAUGUGAAUACUGAGAAGCCCAGCAUCCACAGCACCAAAACUGUCUUGGAGCAUCAACCAGGGCAGAGGGGGCGCAAACCAGGAAAGAAGCGGGGCCGAACACCCAAGAUCCUUAUUCCCCAUCCCACCUCUACCCCAUCCAAGUCAGCUGAACCUUUGAAAUUCCCAAAGAAGAGGGGUCCCAAACCUGGCAGUAAGAGGAAACCUCGAACUUUGCUGAGCCCACCACCCACCUCACCAACAACCAGCACCCCUGAACCGGAUACCAGCACUGUUCCCCAAGAUGCUGCCACCAUCCCCAGUUCAGCCAUGCAGGCUCCCACAGUUUGUAUCUACUUGAACAAGAGUGGCAGCACAGGCCCCCACUUGGAUAAGAAGAAGAUCCAACGACUUCCUGAUCAUUUCGGGCCAGCCCGGGCCUCCGUGGUGUUACAGCAGGCUGUCCAGGCUUGCAUUGACUGCGCUUAUCAUCAGAAAACCGUCUUCAGCUUCCUCAAACAGGGCCAUGGCGGUGAGGUCAUCUCAGCCAUGUUUGACCGGGAACAGCACACUCUCAACCUCCCAGCAGUGAACAGCAUCACCUAUGUCCUCCGCUUCCUGGAGAAGCUCUGCCACAACCUUCGGAGUGACAAUCUGUUUGGCAACCAGCCCUUUACACAGACUCACUUACCACUCACUGCCACAGAGUACAGCCACAGCCACGACAGGUACCUACCAGGUGAAUCCUUCGUCCUGGGGAAUAGCCUGGCCCGGUCCUUGGAGACACACUCAGACUUGAUGGACACUGCCUUGAAGCCUGCCAGCCUUAUCGGCACCUCCCAAAACAUUCGAACUCCUGGCUAUCGGCCCUUGGUUCCCUCCUGUGGCCUCCCAUUGAGCACUGCCUCAACUGUGCGUAGGCUCUGCUCCAGGGGAAUGCUGAAAGGAACAAAUGAAAGGAGGGAUGUGGAAUCAUUUUGGAAACGAAGUCAUUCCCCAGGGUCAGAUCGGUAUCUGGAGAACCGAGAUGCCCCUCGCCUGAGUGGCCGGGACCCUUCCUCAUGGUCAGUGGAGGAUGUGAUGCAGUUUGUCCGGGAAGCAGAUCCUCAGCUCGGACCCCAUGCUGACCUCUUCCGAAAACACGAGAUCGAUGGCAAGGCCCUGCUCCUGCUGCGCAGUGACAUGAUGAUGAAGUACAUGGGCCUGAAGCUGGGGCCCGCCCUCAAGCUCUCCUUUCACAUUGACCGGCUGAAACAGGGCAAGUUCUGAACAGGAGGCAUUCUUCUCCCCGGAAGCCGCCAGCCAGCUCCCAGGCACCUCCAUAGGGCUCUGGGUGAUCUCAGGACUCCAGGAGGCUGGAGAACCACCACUACUGCCCCUCCUACCAUGAUGUGUCCUUCCAUGAAGGACUGAGGAGGGAAGAAUGUGGGCCCAGGGCUGGUGCUGCUCUUCCCCUUAGCCUGCUGUGGCUCCCAGGCCCCUCCUAUUUAUUUCUCAAGGCUUGCCAAGCCACUCACCACAAGUUUAGACUGAGCACCUUGCAAAGAGAUGGAGGAAAAGGCCAACUCUAGGGCCUUGAAAGGCCCUGACACCCAGGCCCCUCACCGCCUCCUGGGCUUGGGAGAGGGUUCCAUGGCCCCCCGCUCAUGCCUUCUCACCAGAUCCCCAGACUCUGAACUUAUGGUGCAGACCUUUUUUAAAAAGCUCCUUUCUUGUUGCUAAUGUAUUGCUUCUGGCACUUGGACUUCAUGCUUUUCUUGCACCAGAUAUUUUUGGGAAGGAGACCACCCUCUGUUCCAGAGAGGGCCUCUCCAGAAAAGUAUGACCCUGUUCCAGAGGACACUGCCCUAGGGCUCUUCCUCUCUGGGGUGGACAGAGGCAUAUGGCUGACUGGGCAUGGAAAGGUGAGGGUCCCUCUUCCCACACUAUGCCCUUUGUAACCCCAGUCUCUAUCUCUGAUGGAUUUUUCCACCACCCUGCCCCCAUCACAGCUCCCUGCCCUGGUCAGAAUUGCUGCAAAAGAUGGGGCCUAAUGCCUCUAGGCCAUGGCCCCAAGGUGGGACGGAGGACCUCCAGGCUGGAAGGGUUGCCCUCUGCUAGCUUCUAUGCUUCCUCCUAAGCAAGCCAGCAGCACUGCUGCCCCCACUGCCAUCUGAACUAUUUUAUGUCAGUUUGUUUAUAAAUAAAAACCAAUGUAAAAUGCC